AUGUCAGAAGAAAAUAGAAUGAAACAGUUCCAAGAGGAAAACAAGAUAGUAUUUGAUCCAAGUACACGAUCAGUAUGGGAAACUCAAGAAAAACAAGAACAUGAAUCUUUACCUGGAACAGAUGCUAAUGCGGAAGACGCAGAUAAAGGUUCUGCCACUUCGGGAAUCAUACCAACCCUACAGAAUAUUGUGGCCACUGUGAAUUUGGACUGUAGGUUGGAUCUAAAGACGGUAGCAUUACACGCUCGUAAUGCAGAAUACAAUCCAAAGCGUUUUGCGGCUGUGAUUAUGCGUAUCAGAGAACCGAAGACUACUGCAUUGAUUUUCGCAUCUGGUAAGAUGGUUGUUACUGGUGCUAAGAGUGAGGAUGAUUCCAAGUUGGCUAGUAGAAAAUAUGCCAGAAUUAUUCAAAAGAUUGGGUUCAGUGCCAAGUUUACUGAUUUCAAGAUCCAAAAUAUUGUCGGCUCAUGUGACGUGAAGUUCCCAAUCCGUUUAGAAGGUUUAGCAUUCAGUCACGGUACUUUCUCUUCAUACGAACCAGAGUUAUUCCCUGGUCUUAUCUAUAGAAUGGUGAAACCUAAGAUUGUGUUACUAAUUUUCGUUUCCGGCAAGAUUGUCUUAACUGGUGCCAAACAAAGAGAAGAAAUCUAUCAAGCGUUUGAAGCUAUCUACCCUGUGUUGAGUGAAUUCAGGAAGCUAUGA